CCUGAAAGUUAAUUGCCGUGUAUCUAUCCUCAGCGAAAUAAAUACAGUCUAGGCCCUAAUAUCUUAUAAUUUUUGUUCUAAUAUUAUACGCUCAUAAACGUUUAGAUCUCACAACUAGCUUCUUCCCUUCAAAUUUUAUAACUUAAAUUUUGGAUGUGGACGAGUACGUGUUUUCUGGUAUAAAUCUGCCGAUGUUUAAAAAGUGCUUGCUGCUAUCAUCAUCAGGGCGAUGGGUCUUCUGUAAUGUCGGGCAAAUUUCUAUUAGACUACACGGCACAGUCAACCAGAAGAAACCAUUUUCGUAGUCGCCGCUGCGAAAACCUGAAACAUCGCCAUUUCGUGUACUGGCUUAUAUUUUGGUAAACACGUAACAGGAAUUACGUAUUGUGACCUUAUGGCGCAUGUAACCAGGCGGGAUUAUAUUCGCAUAUGAAAUUGAGUACAAGUUUUGUGCUGGCUGAACAGAAUUAUAUGUACGCUACUGUGUUUAAAUUUCUUGAUUUUAUUCACAUAGGAUGUUAGGAUGUUCAAACAUGCAUGUUGGACGCUACAAAGUCAGAGCCCGUUUGAUGACAAAAUCUUUAUAAAUGUUCAAUAUUUCGUCGAAUCGAUAAAUAGAUGAGGCCUGAUGAGCCCUAUGUUUUCGUAAGAGAACUAUGAGGAGUGUCAACUCUAUUUGCAAAAUGUCACUGCCGAUCUUCUUUCUUUCUUUCUUCUUUUUUUUUUCCUUCCCCCCCUGUAAUUUCACGUCCCACUCUUGCAGACAGACGUUUUAAACCUGUACAAAUCUUGAAUUGGGAAAGUUACACAGCAAUAUUCUACGAUAACGCUUACCGCUUGGCUCUUUUAAAAAAAAUGCAUAAAAUUGUUAUUAUUAUUAAAUAUUAUUAAUACAAGUGGCCAGUAGGACGUAUAGUAGUGCUAGCAUUAUUUAUAGGCAUAAACACAUUUUAAUAAUAUCAUUCUUCUUUUGUGCGGCCAUUUCUGUCUUGUAGAAUUCUGUGAUGAAUUAUCAAGUUUCAAAACCUGAUCACUCUCGUUUGACGACCGAUUUUCAUUAAAUGAGCUAAUGGCAACGGCUCAUUGAAAUUUAGCAGUGAAUGAUUUAAUUCGUGUCAACAUAUCUUACGUUUUCCGUCCCUUCACCAUUUUUGUAUUUUUAUUUCGUUCUAUUCUUUCUACCGUAUUCCUUUCCAAUCCCUUUAAACUUCAAACAACGAUGAAAACUUUGAAUCGACCCAUAUUAGAAGUACGCUACUUCUAAAAGUUGCCUAAUGGUAGCAGUUGAAAUUCAGCAUCAUCAGAUGUGUUCAGUGUAACCAACAAGACAUGGUCAGAUGUAGAUGAUGUUAUGACUCGUUCAGACUGUGACGUCAUGUAUGGACAGCUGUAUAAGGAGAAGGGCAGGUACAGACAGCAGGAUGAAUGCUAUACAGGAAAAUCCAACAGCAAGAAUUUGAAACAAAUUUUGUCAAAAUUUAAUACACCAAGAAGAAAUCCUAAGAGGAUGGCUGCUACCGUCAGCUUGAAGAGGUUCCAGUCUUAUCCCUUUGUCAAUACCAAAAGAUCUAAGAAGAUAUUGCGUCGUUCUGUGAACAAGCGCUGUAGAACUGAUCUUUCCGAAGAACUGCUAGUCUCUGGUCCCGCCAGACGACUGGCUCCAUCUGCCGUUUCUUUGAACCAACGCAGUUUGAACACAAAUCACAAGCCGCGAAAUACUAAGCAGUUUAGAGCGAGCAGAUGUUCAGUUACUCAACACACGGAUCGUGAAGGCUGUGUUCUGGAGCCACCUACAACACAGGAUGCCUUUCAGAUGAGGGAGUGGCCGGCAGAGGGUAUGCAUGAGCGACCUGUAUGGCCUGACCCUCGCCUUGAGACACCCAAAUUCCCAUCUUCAGAACUUGAGAUUUCUGUUCACAAUUCACUUCAUGCCGUUAUGGCAUUUGCUGCUCAAGUUGGCAGAAAUGUCUCAGAGGGUGAUACUAAACCAAUCAAUACUUAUGUCUGCCUAGAUGAUGAACUUGGCGAUGUCACAUUUACAGAGGAUCAGCUGAAUGACUUAGAAAACCUGGUGAUAAACACAGGACUCCUGUACUGUGCCGUGUGUUCGAUAUCACAGAAGGCUUUGGCAGAUUACAUUAAUAACAUGUCAGUGGAAAGCGCUUUGCAGUGGUUUGAGGAAGCAGAAUAAUUUCACAGCAUUUCAUACUUUAGUUAUUUUAUAAUUUUACAAUAUUUUACAAUAGUUCACUCUAAACAACAGAUUUCCAUAUCGAUUAAUAAAAUUUUAAUGUGUUACAUAAACAUUAUAUUGAUUUGUGUUUGUGCAGUUUAUUUUUAUGACAUGAGACACGACACACACUCUUCCAUUUUCAGUGUUAUACUUUAUGAUGAACUCCAAAAAUGUAUUAAUUAUCUUACAAAUUGUUAUUCUUGAUUAUUUGGGUAUAAUGACCUCUUUAAUAAUACUAUUGUAAAUAUAAAACUUGAUGGUUAAUUCACAACAUUAAGAUAUAUAAAUAUUUUUACUGUAAAUAUAAAAUUUAAUGUUAAUUUCACAACAAACUAUAUAAUUCUGUUCUAAACUAUCAUUAAGAAUUUCUUGAAUGGCAGCUUUAUAAGUGACAACAAAUUUUAAUAUUUAUGGGCUGUAGUUAAGCAUGCACACCACACUUUGCAAUUCGUGAAAAUUUGAAUAUAGUGUUUUUAUUAUAAAGGUGUUUACAAAUCUUGGAAUUUUUCACGAACUUACAGCAGAGGAUCUAAACCUUCUCAGACCUAGGCAAAUAAUUUUCUUUAACCAAAUAAGUCAUUGGUGCGAUAGUUAGUGUUGGUUUUGUUGAAGUAAUCUUUCAAUAUCAGGUUUAGUAACUGUUGUUGCUUUUCACAUGCAUCCAACAAAUGUUAAUUAGUGAAUGUGUCCAGAACAAAUAAAUGUUUGCAUGAUUUCCCAUA